AUGGCACCGAAGAAAAAUGUGUCUGUCGGAAAGGAAAGCAAUUGCCAGGCCUGCAACCAGAAAGACACCGAGGAGAUGGUGGCGUGUAACCGCUGUGGGAGCUGGUGGCACUUCGCUUGCGUAGGAGUAAGCGACAGCAUUAGUGACCGAAGCUUCGUGUGCCGGAUCUGCCAGCCACCAGCUGAAGAUAUUCCCGCGGUGAUGUCGGAAGACCCCGUAUGCCAGGCUGCGAUCACUGAAACGCCAAGAGGAGUCGCUUCAUCGAUGGUAGGAUCGUCUGCGUCAGCUGCCCGUUCCCGAACCAAUUUGACGCUAGAAAGGCUCGAGGCAGAAAGAAAUCUAAAGACGAAGCAGCUGGAUCUGGAACGUAAAGCCCAUGAAGUUGAAUUAGAACUGCGCAAGCUAGAAGUGGACGAGCAGUUCCUCAAGGAAAAGUUCCUAUGCUUGGAAGCGGAAAUCGAUGGUGUUGAGAACGAUGCUCGAAGUCGCCGGUCAUCUGUGUCAGCUGGGAUACAAAAAGUACAACGUUGGCGAUGUGCGCCCACUGCUGCAAGUUCGACUAUGGCGCCAGCUACAAAAAUUUCAAAGAACGAAGAAGUUCAAGGCAGGUCAGUUAGUAAAACAUUACCUAAACCGAUACAGAGUGAUAAGCCCGAGGUAGUUAAGAAUCAGGUAGCUAGCCAGACGGGAGCGAUUCCCAAGAGAAAUAGGAAAAAUGUAGAGGCCCUACCUUGUUCUGGCCAAGCCAAUCAAGACGUUAUCAACUCCUUAAGAGAACAAUUGUUGUCGUUUGAUAUCUCACCAAUCCGCAAAGAAAAUAGUCAGCUAGGCUUCAGUCGAAAUGAAGAUUUAGUAAGCGAGCAGUCAAAAGCGAGAUUUCCAUUUCGCGAUCGUAUUUUUGCGACGACGUCGAACGAGUCUCGAUCAACUAAAGCGGUGAUUACAGAAACCAGAGGCGAAGGAGGGAGUAAAAGUGGAGGUAGUAGAAAGCAGUACUUUGAAGGAGAGGAACCUCCUUCGAUGCUGAGCGGACGUUGGAAUGGGAUCGAGAAUAGUGCUCCGGAAGUAGUUCGUGCCAAGCCGAUUUCCGUUGAAUUCGAUAGUGAAGAAUAUCAAGACAAACAGGAAAGAUAUGGACCUACGCCACAGCAACUAGCCGCACGACACGUUCUUAAAGAUCUCCCACAGUUUUCGGGCCGUCCCGACGACUGGCCUGUGUUCAUUUCGACUUACCGAACUACCACCAAGGCCUGUGGUUUUUCAGAGGAGGAAAAUUUCAUGAGAUUGCAACGUAGUCUUUCGGGGCCAGCUAAAGAGGCCGUUCGCGGCGAACUUCUAGUUCCAGCUGGUGUCCCUAGUGCUUUAGAUACUUUGGAAACGAUAUACGGGAGGCCUGAGCUGUUGGUGCUCACAUUGCUGCACAAGGUGAGGUCGGUUCCGGCUCCUAAGCCUGAUAAAUUUGAAACAUUGGUGACAUUUGGAUUAGUCGUCAAAAACCUUUGUGCGGUGCUCGUCGCGGCCGAACAGGAGGCUCACCUCAAUAACCCAUCACUUUUAUUCGAAUUGGUGGGGAAACUCCCGCACCAUCUGCAACUAGACUGGGCAAUAUACAGGCAACGAUGUACAAGAAAGGACUUACAAGGAUUUGCUUCGUAUAUGUCUAUCAUCGCAUCGGCUGCUUCGGACCUUACUAUAAAAAUUGAUUCAUUCGACAAUAAACGUGGUGGUCGAAACGACAAAUGGAAUCAAAAUAACUUCUGUGGGGCUCAUAUGACCGAAGAGACGUCAUGCGAAGUAGAAGAGGCUAUGAGUAGUGCUGACAGCAGUAGACUAGGAGAGGUUCAGAAGCAAUCGCCAUUUAAAUAUCAACCGACGUGUCUGAUAUGCAAGGAUCCAGAUCACCGCUUGAAAGAGUGCCCUGAAUUCAAGAAGUUGUCAGUGGAUCACCGAUGGAAAAAAGUUCGAGGUUUGGGAGUUUGUCACAUAUGCUUAGGGUGCCACGGGCGCCGCCCAUGCAAAUCCACGAGAACAUGUGAAGUGGAGGAAUGCAGAAAGAAACAUCACACCUUGUUGCAUUCUAGAGCCGAGACUAGUGCAAGUCCAGUAACAGAAAUGACGGCUGUCACCAACUAUCAUCACGGUGGGCGCUCAUCGUUCUACAGGAUUCUACCGGUAACUCUCUUUGGUCAUGGAGAACCAGUUGACGUUUAUGCGUUCCUGGACGAUGGCUCUUCUGCAACGUUGGUGGAAGAGGAUGUCGUGCGACGAUUACAAAUCGAUGGAGAGAGUGCACCCCUCUGCUUACAGUGGACGGCAAGUGUAACUAGAGAUGAGGAGGAAUCAAAACGUGUAUCGAUACAAGUGAGAGGGUGCUCGAAGCGGCAGAAAUUCACAAUCAAAGCUCGAACUGUUGCUAGUUUAAACUUGCCAAGUCAAACGAUACGUACUGGAGAAUUGUCCGCGCAGUUUCCACAUCUUCAGGGCCUGCCUAUACGUGACUACGAGAACAUUCGCCCAAAGAUGCUUAUAGGAAACGAUAACUUGUUCGUGACUGUAAUCCAGAAGAUACGAGAAGGACCCCCAGGAGCCCCCAUUGCUGCAAAGUGUCGAUUGGGUUGGUCGAUAUAUGGUGCAACGGGAAAAGGAAAAAUACAGUCCAGUUUCCACAUCGACGAAUGUACAUGUGACCGAGAACUUCAUGACCUCGUGAAGCAACAUUUUCAAGACGAAAGUAGAAGCUGGCAAAAGGUGCACCGCCCCCUGUCGAUCGAAGAGGAGCGAGCGUAUGGAAUCUUGAAGGCCACAACGAAGCGGGUUGGGGAACGAUUUGAGACCGGACUCCUAUGGAAGUUCGACGACUUCGAGUUUCCCAAUAGUCGACCCAUGGCAGAGCGUCGACAUCAGUGUUUAGAAAGGCGUAUGAAGAAGAAUCCGGUUAUCGGCGAAAGCGUAAGAAGACAGAUGAUCGAGUACGUAGAAAAAGGAUACAUUCAUCUAGCCACAGACGAGGAGCUCGACGACAUGGACCCGAGAAGGGUAUGGUACUUACCAUUAGGAGUAGUUAUUAAUCCCAAAAAACCAUCUAAGAUUCGCAUAUUCUGCGACGCAGCAGCGAAAGUGGAUGGCAUAUCUUUGAACACGAUGCUGAUACCGGGCCCAGAUAUGUUGACAUCUCUUCCGCAGGUUUUAUUUGGUUUUCGAGAAAAGUGCAUAGCUAUCUGCGCGGAUUUGCGUGAGAUGUUUCACCAAGUGAAGAUUCGUAAAGAAGACUGUAACUCUCAGCGUAUAUUGUGGAGAAGCGACCCAAGCAAAUCGUUCCAAACGUACAUUAUGAACGUGGCAACGUUUGGAUCAUCCUGUUCACCGAGCUCUGUACAAUUCGUGAAGAAUUUAAACGCCAGAGAAUAUGCUCACGGGUAUCCCCUAGCAGCAGAGGCGAUCAUCGAUCAUCACUACGUUGACAAUUGGAUGGACAGUGCCGAUACGGUUGAAGAGGCUGCUAAGUUGGCCAGCGAGGUGAAGCACGUACAUGGUAAAGGUGGUUUCCAAAUUCAUAACUGGCUUUCAAACUCUGAAAUGUUUCUUCAACUCAUCGGAGCAAAAAUCGCCACGGAAGAAAAGAAUAUAAAUCUUGAUACCGAUUCAACUAAACGUGUUCUGGGAAUGUUGUGGCGGCCCACUGAAGACGUUUUCAUCUUUGCUGCGGCUCCUGUGUGUGAAGUGCAUCCGACGAAACGCGACGUCUUACGGAUUGUAAUGUCUCUGUUCGAUCCAUUGGGGUUUCUAUCAUUCUUCAUCAUUCAUGGCAAGAUCAUUAUACAGGAUCUAUGGAGAAGCAAAACGGACUGGGAUACCAAAAUCCCUCAUCAAAUUCAUCGCAAAUGGCUUGAGUGGACAGAUCGUUUCAAAGAUUUGGAAAAUGUCCGCAUAAAUAGAUAUUACUUUGGGAAAUUGAGUUCGCAACUGUCGGAGAGCAUACAGUUGCACAUCCUCUGCGACGCAAGUGAGCUUGCUUAUGCGUGUGUGGCGUAUUUUCGAGCAAAGAUAGGUGGAGAGAUUCGGUGCGCUUUAGUGGCAGCGAAAUCGAAGGUUGCACCACUCAAAACACUUUCCAUACCACGCCUAGAACUUCAAGCGGCGGUAGAGGGAGUACGUAUAGAAAAAAGUAUAAAAGAGACGCAUAGACUGACAAUCCGAAGUACCACAUUAUGGAGUGAUUCACGAACGGUGUUGGCCUGGAUUCGCUCGGAUACCCGACGUUAUAGGCAAUUCGUCGCAUGCAGAGUUGGAGAGAGUUUGACUAGUUCGAACGCUGAGGAGUGGCGGUGGGUACCAUCGAAAGAAAAUGUAGCCGACGAUGCCACGAAGUGGGGGCGAGGAUUCGACUUCACCCCUAGUUCUAGGUGGUUUCAAGGACCAUCUUUUCUGUAUCAGGAAGAAAGCGAAUGGCCUGCGGAAUCCAUAGUUGAAGUCGAUACUGAGGAGGAAUUGGUAGAGUGUUUAGUCCAUCAAGAGGUCCAGGAACAACGAAUGGUUGAUUGGCAAAAUUUCUCGAAAUGGAAAAUAUUGUUACGUGCCGUGGCCUUUGUACGUCGGUUCUGCCUCAAUUUUUGCUGCAAGGUCAAGAAACAACCUGGACUCAAGGGACCGCUGAUGAAGGAGGAACUAGUAAAGGCCGAAAUGAUAAUCUUUCGCUGGGUCCAAAAGGAGUACUAUCCGCUAGAAUACCGCUGGCUCAAAGGAGCAACACAGUGCCAGAUACGCAAAUACGUUAGCAAUAGUCCGUUGAUUAGGUUAUCGCCUUGCUUAGACCAAGAUAAUAUAAUACGACUGGAGAGCCGAAUCGUCGCUGCAUCGUACGCGUCCUUUGACACCCGAUACCCUAUAGUCCUUCCUAAGCAACACCGUGUCACUCAGCUCAUCUUAGAGGACUAUCAUGAUAAAUUUCUUCAUGCAAACAGAGAAAUGGUAGUUAACGAAGUGCGACAACGAUUUCACAUCGGGAAUCUCCGGAGCCUUGUUAAACGCAUCUCGAAAGAAUGCCUGCGGUGCAAAGUUCGAAAACCCCGAAUCCUUAUGCCACGAAUGGCGCCUCUCCCAAAAGCAAGACUUCAAGCAUUUGUACGACCAUUUACUUUUGUUGGAUUGGAUUAUUUCGGACCUCUUAACGUACGAAUCGGCAGGAGCACGUCGAAACGAUGGAUCGCCCUUUUCACAUGCCUAACGAUUAGAGCGGUGUGUUUGGAAGUCGUACAUUCACUGAGCACCGAAUCGUGCAAAAUGGCAAUCAGACGUUUCAUCAGUAGGCAUGGUGCGCCCCUGGAGAUCUAUAGUGACAACGGGACUAAUUUUGUGGGAGCAGCGAACGAGUUACAGAAAUCGUUAGAUCACGCUGAUAUUGCAGAAAGCUUCACCAACACCCAUACCAAAUGGAUCUUCAAUCCCCCAGCAGCGCCCCACAUGGGAGGGGCUUGGGAACGGCUUUUGCGAUCCGUGAAGACGGCGAUGGCAGCUAUGGUAAUCACUAAGACCCCAGACGAAGAGACCUUCGUUACGAUAGUUCGAGAAGCUGAAGACGUAGUAAAUACUCGUCCGCUGACGUUUAUUCCAAUUGAUAGCGAAGCGAGUGAAGUCUUAACGCCGAACCACUUUUUGAAGCUUAGCUCUAGUGGAGUUACUCAACCAUCAAAACCUUUACGAGACGAUAGAUUGGCGUAUCGUAACAAUUGGAAUAACCUGAACGUAUUAGUGGAUAACUUCUGGAAGAGAUGGGUGAAAGAGUACCUUCCCACAAUAGCCCGACGUACCAAAUGGUUCCAGGACACCCCGCUCAUCGAAGUCGGAGAUUUAGUGAUGGUAGUGGACGAAACGGAGAGAAAUGGAUGGAUUCGAGGACAGGUGAUUCGUGUAGCUGAUUCGAAGGAUGGUCGACGACGCAGAGCUUGGAUGCAGACCGAUAGAGGUAUCAUACAAAGACCAGUAGCCAAGGUGGCGCGACUGGACCUGGAUUCCGGUAAGAAAGGAUCAUCGAGUAACUCUUCAGUACUUCCUUACGGCCUGGGGGAUGUUACGGCGUCCCUGAUUAGUCCCUCGCGCAUCUUCCUAGAACGAGACACUGACAGCUGCACUGGAAAUAGUGACAGUUCACUCGGAUAG